CGACGCCCCACAGCCCAGGAUCUGUUAGUUCAACCGCCAGCGUGUCGAUUUGAAUCUGGACUAAAACAAGACAAUGGCCAAAAGAAAAUCGAAGACGACAGAGUUCAAACCCCCUAAGAGGACGCAGCCCAGAGCAAAACGACAGAAAAGCACUGAAGCAACAAACCAGUCUGAAGAUGAAAAUCAGACUCUGACACCGGAGUCAGAAAACAACAAUUCCCACAAUGCAUUGUGCUCAGACAAGCUGGAUGAACAUCAGCCUGGACAGAGCACAUUACAAGACACUCAGACAACAGAAUUCCCAGUAGAUCCGUGUUGUUCCUUGGAAGAGAAAACAAGCCAUUAUGAUAAUAAUGAGUUUGGAAAUGGCACAAAUCCACCUGAGGUCUCUCAUGAGAUUGAACAAACUGCAGCGGUCCCACUACAAACCCCAGAACUCGACAAAAGCGACAAGCACACUCUCUCUAGACCUUUGAAUACAGAAGCUAUUAAUGUAGAUCAGCCCAAUAGAGAGCUAGAUGAUGAAGAGCGUGAAAUCACUAGAAAUUCAAAUCAUCAAUCUCAGAAGGUCCCAGAUGACUGCGACUCUGAAUUACCAUCCGAUGAGCAUCAAACCGAGAGAGAAUUGUCACAUGAGGGCAAUACAGCCACUGAACCCAAGAUGGAUGAACAAUUAGGGUCUUCAGACAUCGUAGCGGAGACCUCAUAUGACCAGAUUCAGAUGCCUGAAGAUGCAGGUUCAGCAGAUCCUCUAGUAAAGAGGAAAAUAAGAAAGAGGAUGGGAAUGUGCAGGCUUGGAGAAAGGAAGAAGAUGCUCAAGGGACAGCCGACUAGAGGGAAUGUGUUUGAAGGAAGCCAGGAGAACGAGGCGGGGGAAAUCACUAAUGAAGGGCCGGUCAUGACGAGUGACGGUUUGAAAAAGGAUAUCUCGAUUUCUGUUGAAGAAGAGGUCACUGAGUCAGAGGUUUCAGUGCCCUCCUUCUCAACCUCCUGCCCAAUGGAGGAUACACCCGUACAAGAGCAACAGGAGCAGCCUGGGAAUGAAGUUCAGAUACUGGUCAAAUGCAUGUCAAGGGAGCCUGUUACUCAUGAAACUGAUAAUGCAAUCCCAUCCCAUGCUGAUGCUGAUGAUCUAAACCCUCUCGAGCAAAAUGAAACUGAAUGCAUGGAGCAAAAUGCUACUGAAAGCAACAUUAGAGAAGAUAGCAAUGUGGUCACAACUGAGAUUGGUACUGAAGUACCUGUCGAUUUUGCUGAAGUUUGCAAGGACUCAACUGAUGUUUCAGCUCAAGAAGAGGUUGUGAUAGCCGGUUCACUUGAAGUUCCCAAAGAGGCCAAUGAAGGCUCUGCAUCCGCUUCUGAGGUUGCUAACCAGUUUGGAGAAGAACUCGUAGCGGGAGGCGACGAGACCGAGCAGUGCAGUCCGUGUGAAUGUGACAUGAACGCCUCUACUAGUGACCACACCAGUGAACAGUGUGUGGAGCUCAUGGACAUCGCAGCCGAUGAGACCAUCAGUGCACCUCCUGUAAUCCAUGAGACAGAAGAUAAGUGUGAGUCUUCAGACUUUUCUCAGGUUGCCGCCACUGUCACAGCUGAGAACAAGGCAGACUGGGAGGACAACAGCGUGUCGAGUUUGUCCAUACCUGCAGCUCUACCGGGUGGUGAUAAUGAAGAUGGGCAAUCGUUUACAGAGCAUGUAAGUUUACUGAGAGAUGCUCAUGAGCCUCAUCGGAGUCCUGCCGCUGAACCGGAUCCCUCCAGCCCUUUAUCCAUGCACUCGGUGACAGAUUCCCAGCUCAACAACAUCCCUCUGAGUUUGGAGGAUCUCCCCAUCUCAGAAGCCUCCUGUGAUCUGGAAGAUGCCACAGAGCUUGUAUGUGGCCUAAUCAGAGAUAUUGCCUCUCUGAAUCAGUUAUUGAUGGACGCACGCAGGCAGAUUGGAUUUAGGCAACAAGGCAGAAAACCUCUGCUCCACACUCAGAAAUAUAGGCAUAAUACCAACAGAUUCUGAACGUAUUUUACUGCAUGAUAUAAUGGACAGAAAAAAAAAAGACAAAAAAGCACUGAAUAAUUUGCACUGAUGAGUUCAGAUAGCAGGCACUGGUUUACAACUGUUCAGUUACACUUGUUCGAGCAAAGGCACAACAUGCAUAGAGUUGCUGUUUUAGUAAGCCAAAGUUAACACUUUUCCUAGCAGGUUCAAGCAAAGUAGUAAACAUUGUAAUUCUGUCAAUCACAGGGUGUGACCCCCAAGACUGAAGGGUUGUAACCGUAGCAACAGGUCGUCAAAGUUCCAGUCAUAAAUCAGUCCAAAUUCCUGUUCAAAACACAUUCUGCAUAAAUAAAAUGAAUCUUUCUGGUUGUUGCUGUGCGUGUUUGAUUCUGUGAAAUCAUGUUUUGUAAAACUACACAUC